AUGCCUCAGACAGACAAGCAAAUAUGCAUACCUCCGGAGCUUCCAGAAUUGCUGAAGCAGUUUACCAAAGCUGCCAUCCGGACCCAGCCUACGGAUCUGAUCCAGUGGGCUGCUGACUAUUUUGGGGCUAUGUCCCGUGGAGAGAUUCCUCCAGUGAGAGAGCGAUCUGAGCGAAUCCCACUGUCUAAUUGGGCUGAACUCACACCUGAACUGCUAAAGAUCCUACAUUCUCGGGUAGCUGGAAGGCUGAUCGUACAUGCUGAUGAAUUGGCCCAGAUGUGGAAGGUGCUGAGUCUCCCAACAGAUCUAUUUAACAGUGUGAUGAAUGUGGGUCGCUUCACUGAAGAGAUUGAAUGGCUCAAGUUUUUAGCUCUGGCUUGCAGUUCUCUUGGAGUUACCAUAGCCAAAACCCUCAAGAUUGUAUGUGAAGUUUUAUCAUCUGAACAUGAUGGAGGACCUCCCCGAAUCCCUUUUAGCACUUUUCAAUUUCUUUACACAUAUAUUGCUGAAGUGGACGGGGAGAUUUCAGCGUCCCACGUCAGUCGAAUGCUGAACUAUAUUGAACAGGAAGUAAUCGGUCCUGACGGUUUAAUCAAGGUGAAUGACUUUACCCAAAAUCCCAGGGUACGGCUGGAAUAA